CUCUUUAUCUCUGAACAUUUUAAUUAAGAACAUUUGAAUUUUACCAAGUCUAUGUAGGAAGGUGAACUUAAUGCUUGCUAUGAAGUUGAAAUGUUUGCUGAUAGAAUCAUUAAGCCUCUGUUAUGGAAACAGUACAUUAAGAUGGUGAGGUCAAAGGUUAAAUUCCUAUAAUUUCUCACCAUCCUAUGUUCUGUCAUUGCCAGAACAUUUGAUCACCACAGUGUGCUUUUUUUGGUCCAGAUUAACUUAACGUUACUUUUAUGUUGGAUAUUUUAGUUUGCUUGAUGCUUAUUUGUAGAAUUAAAAACAAUAUAAUUAUCUCAAUAGAUUUUUUUAAAGGAAACUAUAAGCAUUGUUUUGCAUGAAGAUUGCAGUUUUUCUCUGUGUGUGUGUGUUUUGAAGGUAUUGUUUGGUAGAUUUCUGGGGAGAAUGUUAAAUCAUAGAAAGAAAAAAAUGUAUUUUUUAACGCUGUUAGAGGUUUUUGGUACUGUGGGUUCCACUUCUUUCUCAUUAUGCUGCCUCUUCCCAGCCAUCCAGUUCUUUCAUAUUUUUGAUGGGGCUGACUUUUUAUCCUAAUAAUUUUUUGCUUAAAUUGGCAUUCAGAUUCAGAUUUUGAAUUUAGAAAUAGUUCACAUCUUCCAGGUCUGGAUACACCUCUUCUUUAUAUCUAAGGUAUUCUAAUGCAAGAGGGCUGAAGUAAAUCUUAAUUUUUGAGUUAAUUAAGUGAUAAUUGAUGAUGUUCACUUCAUCUUAGUUAAAAUCUGAGGUAUAUUUAAAAGUAAUGACUCAGUAAUUUUAUAAAUUUAGUUUGAAAAAUUUUCAAAAAGCUUUCUUAACGUCAUUCUGAAGUUGAAACAUUUAUUGAGAUAUUGUAAAGUCCAUCGUGAUCCCAAAAGAUAAGGGAAUGAAAAUUUUAUUCACAUCUUUUAGAUAGCAGAACAGUUGGUUAUACUUAAAGCACUGAAGUUUAAAUCGCAUGCAGGACUUACUGAAAUUUUUUCUACAUGGUAUAGUGCAUUUCUCUGGCUUUGUCAAUAGAGUGCUGUGAAUAUAUCCCUGACUAAUAUGACAUAGAACAGUAAGUUUUGAACUUUCUAACUAUGGCAACUUUUUAAAAAAUAGCAACUUUUUGCACCUUAAAUUCUUUUGAAGGACCCUGGCAUAUAAAGGUGUAUGUAUGCUAUUUUAUUAUUGUUCACUUGUUUUAUAAUGUAAAUGGAUAACACUUAAUUAUACAUUUAUUUAAUAAAAUGAGAACAAUUAGGCUGUUUCAAUGAAAACAAAAGUUUGAAACAAGAUUGUGUAUGACAAUUAUGAUCUUAUUAUUAGUGUCAGGAUCUAGGUCACUUAUUUGUAGAAGUCCAGUGCUAAGGUACUGGAAUUUAGUUUGAAAAGUAUUCUAUUAGCACUAAGAACUAUGUCUAGAUACUUACAACGCAGCACGACAAUGGGAGAAAAAAUUAUGUAUACAUGUAUGUGCAACUGGGUCUCCAUGCUGUACAGUGGGGGGAAAAAAAAAGAAUAUAUAGAAAUAAAAAAAAGAAAGAAAAGUAUUCUAGAACAUAUGUUCUUCGUGUUCUUUUCUGAUUUACAAAUUUUCAUGAGGGUAGUGUAUAGGAUCUAUAUUUACAUGAUUUAACAGGUUAAAAUUGCUGCCUUGCCACAAAGUUGUUUUUACUUGUUCUUAGUUUAUUUUUAUUUUUAACAAAAUUAUUGUUUUUCCUAACUUAAUCAGUAUUUAUUUGUUCAGUAGUCUGAAAUACAUUUGGGAUCAUUAGCUCAAUUUCAUCAAUAGCUGUAGUAAUGUUUAUUUUACUUUCAUUAACUUAUUACUUUGUAAAGUUGUUAGGACUAUGUUGUGUGAAAUAAUGGAUUCUCAUAAUCUGAUCAUUUCUUUAUGUAAAUGUACAUAUGAGCCUGCUCCUGAAAGAGAAAAAGAACAACAAAUCCAAUAUGUGUGACAGAUGCAGUAUAUGUGAGAGAUUUUUCUGUCAUGCAUUUCAGUAAGGUUGUGCUCUGAAGUGAGUAUGACAUAGGAAAGUGAAUGUUCUGUGACUCUAAUCACUCUUAUUUUUUUGCUUCUCAUAGUAUGAACAGCUCACUGUGUUUCAAAAAUUUCAUGCAAUGCCAGCCAUCUACUUGGUUUGAUAUUCUUCAUUGCUGGAGAGAAAGUAGGUUGAAAUUAUUGAUCAAUUUAUGUUAACCUUCAGAGUAGGACCUCAGAGAAAUUGUAAUGAUCCAUUAUUCUUGCCUUCUAUUGUGGACUAUAAAAUUUACACUCACCCUCCCCUUCAUAAGAUGAAUCCACAGAUUAUUACUUGUACAUGGGGUAACUCCAACACUUUGUGGUCACUCAGUGUAUUAUUGCUAAUUCUUAUACUGGCCAACUCAUUCCAUUUUCUUACUCUUAUUUCUUCAUAUGUAAAAUUGAGGGAAAAAAAUCCUAUUUGGUAAGGAUAUGUUGAAGAUCAGUUUAUAUGAUGUUUCUGAACAGUACCAGGAAAUAAUCCACAGAUAUUUGGCAUGCUAAUUUUCCAGCAAUAUUUGAAUGCUCUUCAGUUUCUUUGUUUCUCAAAUGUCAUGUACAUUAUUAAAUGUGAUUGGAUUGGAGAUUGUGGUAUGUUUAGAAAGUAUGGGAAAUUUCUCAUAGAACUCAUGCUCAGAAGCAAAGAAGUACUAACAUUAGUACGUCCACUUGGUAACAUGAUAGAUUCAUGUUUGUACUGCUGGGCCCUACUCUGUUAGAUAAAUUAACUAUCAUUUGCUGUAUGUGGGUAGUGGCAGAUGUAUUUGUUAAGUAAAGCCAAUAUAGAAUGUUGUCAUUACAGAAUUAGAGGAGUGGGAGAAAUGUUUCAGUUCUAGUCUGGCUGUGUCCUCCAACCAUGUAGUGAGAAAAUAAUGUCUCUAGAGAGAUGACUUGAAUUCAGGGACUAGAGUUUUAUAUGUUUUAGUACAAAUGAGAAUCUUUUAUAGUUCUCUUUCAGUUGCCACAAUCUGGCAGCUAACAGACUUCUUUUAUCCUUUAACCACUGCCCUACUUCUCCACUUAACAUUUAAAUUUGUCAGAUUUUACACAAACAUUUGGAUGUCUCAUCUUUCAAAAAAGAGAAGAUUGGAUGCUAUGGUAUGUAUUUUUGCUUGAACAAAAAUCUACAGUUGAGAAGCUACAGUCUCCUUCAGAUAGGGUCUUUAUAUCUGGUCCUCUUCAUUGCUUCAUGUUAUCUUCUGGGCCCCAGUAAACUGUUCCUUUUAAAUUCCUAUCUUACUUGAUGGAUUGUUGGCAGCCUUUAAUAUCUAAAAUAAAGCUUCUAAUCUAGCAUACUUCAUUUGGUAGGAAAGAAAGCAUAUGUAAAAUCAGUUUACUCUUUAAAGGUAUGACACUUUUGCUAACCUUUUUCUUGUACUGAUUUUUGUAUUAGACUAAUAGGUGGCUGAUUGAAGGAGAUCCAGUGACAUCAGCAAAAAGUGACAGUUGGUUGAAAGUGAAGCAAUUAAAAAAUACUAAUUAGAAACAUCUAAGUUCUGUGAGGUCUUCUAAUGUGAUAAUAAAUUCUCUUUUCUUUAAAUGUUGUCAGUGUAUUAAAGACAUCUUUAUUAACUUGAUAUUCUUAAUGAUGAUAUUGAAUAAAAAAUGUUAAAUUAUAUUCAAGAUAAGCAAUUUACUGAACAGGUAAAUGAAAUAAACUGUAAAAUAUUUUCCCCUAAAUUGAAAAAGUUUUAGCACUUAAAACGAAUAAGUUUUUAAUAAAAAGUUUUCUUAACACUAGAUAAAAAGUUUUCCUAACACUAGAUGAUUUCAGAGGCCGUUAUAGACUUAUUUUUGUUAAAAUUUUGCUUCUUUACAUAACAUUCACCAUCUUAACUAUGUGAAGACUACCUUGAUGAUCCAUGAAACAUGGCAGUUGAUAAUUGUGAUCUGAUGUGAAUCUUAAUUAAAAGCCAACUUCUUAGCAUUUAUGUGAUAACAUGACAUUGGUAACUCCAGGGAAAUGAGAAAGGAAUUUUACUUAUUUUUGGAAAAUGGCUUUCAAGUUAGAGAGAAAACUUCAGUGAAAAAUUGAAAAAGCAAUUAACUUGUACAGGAAACAUUAACUCUCCUAUUUUUCCAUUUUUUUCACUCCCAAAAGAGAAAGUGAUUUGGGAGAAAGCUUAAAGUUUAUUCAAAUAACGGAUUUUUAAUUAAUUGCUUGGCUUAGAACUUUCACAAAGUUUUCUCUAUUAGUAAUUUGUAACAGUCAGUCUAUUAGUGGUCAUUAAAGUUUGAAUAUGGAAAUGAUGAAAAUAGUGCUUACUGACUCAAUGAAACUUUGAGUUUAAUGAAAGAGGGUGUUUAACACCAGGUAAGUCUGAGGAGUUACCUCUGCAUCUGCCUGUGGACUUCUGUCUUCCCUGCUGAAGCAAACCAGAUACUGCUGACCAGUAGUGCCAUCUGACCUGGUGCUUUCAUUUGCCAACAUACAAGUAUCAUGAUGUGCAAAGUGGCAAGUAUUAGUAUAGAUGUCUGGAAGCAAUUAUUUUUGUUUUGCCGCUGCUAGUAAGUAGUUGUAUAGUUUAGAUAAGUUAUUUAAGCUCUUAAUGCCAUUCUGUGACCACUGAAUGAAGGAAGUGGUUGGACUAGGUAAGGAGUUACACAAGACUAUGAACUUUGGAAUCAAACCAAGUCAAGGUGAAUUCAUGUUCCUCCACUCCCCAGUUAGAGAGGUUUAUAUGAAAAGUAUAUAAUAAUGCUUAAAGUAUAGUGCACUAUUACAGUAUUCAGUAGGUCUUUUGCAUUAUGUAUUACAGGAGAGGCUGUUGCUUAUUUUCAGAACUUCGGUCUUUCUUUCUUUCUUUCUUUCUUUUUUGUGUGUUUUCUAGGGCCACACCCACGGCAUAUGGAGGUUCCCAGGCUAGGGGUCAAUUCAGAGCUGUAGCCUCUGGCCUACACCAUAGCCAUAGCAACGCAGGAUCCGAGUCUCAUCUGGGACCUACACCAUAGCUCACAGCAAUGCCAGAUCCUUAACCCACUUAGCAAGGCCAGGGAUCGAACCUGCAACUUCAUGGUUCCUAGUCGGAUUCGUUAACCACUGAGCUACAAUGGGAACUCUGCAGUUUUCUUAUUUUUAAAAUGGAAUACUACUCAGCCAUAAAAAGAAUGAAAUAAUGCCAUUUGCAACAACAUGGCUGCAACUACAGAUUAUCAUACAAAAUGAAGUAAGUCAGAAAGAGAAAGACACAUGCCAUAUGAUAUCACUUGUAUGUGGAAUCUAAAAUAUGGACACAAGUGAGCCUAUCUAUGAAAUAGAAACAGAUUCAUGGGACUUGCCAUGUGGCUUGCAGCAUACCUACUCUGAGUUGCUUCUGCAGUGGCUGUGGCUUGACCCCAGGCUCAAGAACAUCCAUGUGCCAUAGGUUUAGCCACUUAAAAAAAAAAAAAGAAAGAAACAAAUUCAUGAAAUAGAGAUUUGUUGUUGCCAGUGGGGAGGGCUUUGGGGGAAGGAUGGAGUGGGGUUAGCAGAUAUAAGCUAUAAUAUAUAGGAUGGAUAAAACAGGGUUCCACCAUACAGCCCAGGGAAAUAUAUUCAAUAUCCUAUGAUAAACCUGAUGGGAAAGAAUAUGUUAAAAAGGAAUAUCUGUUUAUAUGUAUAACUGCAUCACUUUGCUGUACAGAAAUUAGCACAAUACUGUAAAUCAGCUAUAUUUCAGUUUUUUUUUUUUUUUUUUAAUGGGGAUAAAGUACCAUGCGGAAUUUAUUUUGGAAUUUAAAUGAGCAUAACAAAUACAAAGUACUUAGUGCAGUGUAUGAUAGAAAUUAAGUAUGAAUAAAUUUUGGUUGCUUUUUCCUCACAAGGUUCUCUCCAGCACAGACUUUUUCUUUCUAUUUCUUUUUUCAAUUAUUAUGAAAUUGGAGAGAAAUCUGGAAUACUGGAUACUUUAGAAAGGGAUCUUUAGGAAGAGGAAAUUUUUCGGGUCCUGGCUAAGUUAACAGUAAAAAUGUUUAAAUCUCAAGUUAAAGACUUUAAAGAACCCAAAGGGGGACAAAACAAAGAUUCUUAUUUGUGCUUGGGCAACAUGGUAGAGUGAAAACAAAAAUGGACUGUAAAUUGAUCAACUGUUUCAACAAAUUUAACGAAUAUUUAUUAUGCACCUGUUAUUUGCCAGGCACUAUUUUGAUAGCUGGUGUACAAGAUCCCUUGCCUGCAAGGAAUUUACAUGGGACAGGGGAAACAGGAAGAUAGAAGUUAAUAGAGAAAGUUAAAAUAUUGAGGGACUGAGACUGCUGGUGGUAGGAUGGAAUAAGUGGUGACUAGCUAGGUGAGUUCUACUCAAAAUGUGUUCUGUGGAUCAAUUCAAGGUCACGUCUCAUAAGUUCAUCUGUUCCUGUUCCUCCAUUAGGUAACUAAAAUUAAGUGUCUACAAAUUUUUAUCAUUUUGAUAAAAUAAUUUUAUAUCAGAUCAAGUAAUAAAAAUAUUUUUAUUUUAUAUGCCUCCCCCCCAAAUAAUUCAUUUUCAUUGAGUAUUUUAUAAGAGCAUUGGUCUGUAAUGGAAAUAAAACAUUGGUUUCUUUACCAUCCUGAGUUUGAGAAGCACUCAGCUAGAUUGAUAACUUCCAUUGUUAGCAGGUUAUAGAGAAUUUGAGCUUUUUAUGAUUAUUUCAUUGUCAGGUGAUUUUUUAACUUAUUUGUCUUUAAAAAAUAGUAUCUAAAUACUUGUUAUUAACAGUAUAUUUUAUACUAGACUAAAAGAUUUUAGGUCCUUUGAUUUAAAGUACUUUCAUUUGAAAAGUUGGAUAUAUAAAGUAGAAAGAGAAGGAGGAAGCAAAAUUAAAACUGGAAGGAAUGAAUACUUAGAUGAUUUCCAACUCUGAGAUUUUAUGAUCAAUAGCCCUUUUGAUAUAAAACUUUUCCUCCCAACAAGUAUUACUUACACAAUGAAUCUAUAUGAAGUUAUACCAUCUUAUUAUAUUUUUGUCCCUGUCCCUUCAUCUGCUGCUGGUGGAACACAGAUCCUAAAAAGAGAAUAUGGUUGUUUGAGGAGAUCUGCUAUUGCUUAUCAAAGAUAACUUGGGUAAAAUUUAGGAUUAUCCACAUAAUAGAAGUCUACCAAUUCCUAUUGCUCUAUAACUUUAUUAUUCCUUUGAUUUAGUGUCCUAUCAUCUGUAUUGUGUAAUAGGGAUAAUUUAAGACCCAUGUUUUAAGACAGCUGAAAAUGAGAUUAAAAAAUAAGGAAUAUACUUUUGGAUAAGCCCCAGUUAGCAUAUGAAAGACAUCUUUCCAUUUUAUUACCAUUUUAGAUGGCACUAAAAUAGUUUCUCAAUUAUUAUUUGAAAAUGAAAUUUAAUAUAUUUAUACUCAAUAAAAUAAGUGAAAAAAUAGAAGUGAAGAUAUAGAAUUACUUAUUAGUAAUCAUAAAGUGACUAUUAAAAAAACUUAAGCAAAGGACUUUGUAGAUAAUGUCUCAAUUAUUGCUCAGUCAGAUCUGACCAAUUUAAAAAAAAUACAUGAAUGAUUUAGGUUCAAAAAGAAUAUGCCACACAAAAGAUGUUCCUGUGUAGAUAUUUUUAAUAUGUCAGGCCUCAGUUUUGAUAUUGAGCACAUGCUUCAGUAGUAUUAACUAGUGGUAAGUAAAUAUAUUGAAUUAUAUAACCAUCAUAAUAGUGAUACUGAAGAUGUAUUGUCUUAUUAUUUGGUGAAACAUAAAGCAGUACUAUAUUAAGAGCACAUCUAUUUAAUGAUCAUUUACUAUUUAAGUGACUAGUUAACAAAAUUUGAAAGGCAGCUGUAGAGUAGAAUGGGGACAGCUUUUAGCUAAUGAGAAUUAUAAUUUAUAUUUUUAAUGAUUGUUAAAAAUAGCCAUCAUUGUAUUUAUAUAUAAUCAUAUUGGUCAAUGCUGCAAAUAAACUAAGGCUUUUGAAUAUCUCUGGGGGUUACAAAUAUUUUUGGUGUGGUGGGGGUAGAAUUUCAGUUAUAUAAGAACUCUUAAGUCAAUUUUUUCUUACUACCUGGAUUUUAAUCAUAUUAGUAAAUAGAUAACUAUAGAUAUAUUCUAGAACCAGUCAGUGCCUGUUGGGGAACAAAUGAGGGAGGGUUUACUCAGCAGUGUUCUUUAGUUUGGUCAUGAAAUGAGGACUGCUUUAUGUAAAUUGUUCUUACUGGCGCCAGCUAGCUGUAACUGCAGUCUGGCUGUGCUAGGGCAGCAAAUAAUAUGUGUCAUGGAUUUUCUGUUUGGAAUGUGUAAGAAUGCAGCCUUUUGGACUGAAAGAACGGAGUUGAUGCAUUAGAAUAGGAGUACUGAGACCUCCACAAUUGACAAUGAAUAUGUGUAAUUAUGAGAAGCUAUAAGCUUUUCAAGUAUCUAUUCUGCUUUUAUAGAUUUAUGCCUAGUGAUACUAUUGGGUAAUAUGUGGGAGGCACUUAACUGCACACAGUUGCUGCAGACCUAUUAGUUGGCAGCAUAGAAAGCAGUACAAAAGACUUCUGAUUCUAGGCUUCUUCACUUGCAUCAGUCCUUUGGAAGGUAUACGUUGAGUGUUCUGUGAGCUUCAUUGACAUGCUGUCUGAUGUUUUCUGGCUUUUGUGGUUGAUGGGAUGUUUGCUGCACAAACUACACAACAGAUGUGAACCACUGAAAGGAAUUUUAAUAUGUAGCCAAUCUACUGUAUUCCUAUUUUUUUUUAAUGAAUAUGAACCAAACAAGAAAUUUAGGCUCAAAAAGGCUGAUCUAGAAAUCUGUAUUAGCCUUUAAUGUUUAUACUAAUGAACUGAGUAGCAGUGGUUAACAGAAGAGGAAGUCUUUCACAGUAUCAAGCUGCCCACAGAUUCAAAAUGGAUGGUAUAGAAGAACCACAGAAAAAAGUCUUUAAGGCUCGAAAAACAAUGAGAGUGAGUGAUCGUCAACAACUUGAAGCAGUGUACAAGGUCAAAGAAGAACUGUUGAAAACUGAUGUCAAGCUGUUAAAUGGCAACCAUGAAAAUGGUGAUUUGGACCCAACCUCACCUUUGGAAAAUAUGGAUUAUAUUAAUGACAAGGAAGAGGUGAAUGGCAUUGAAGAAGAGCUUUGUUUUGACUCUGAAAAAAGUAAAUCAGAGUGGAAAGAAACACCCUGUACCUUAAAUGUUAAUGUAAAAAACAAGCAGGAUGAUGAUUUGAAAUGUGAACCUUUGUUUCCUAAUAAUAUAACUCCUGAACUAGUUUCUAAACUGACUGCUGAACCGUCUUCUGGUGAUAUAGCCUCCAGCGAUCUGGCUGUUGGAGGUACAGGCUCUGGAGAUUCUGCCUCUGGAGAUCUGGCCUCUGAAGGGUUAACCUCUGGUGAUCUCACUUCUGUGGAUCCCACCUCUGUUGAUCCCGCCUCUGUUGAUCCUGCCUCUGGUGAUGCUGUCUCUGGUAAUCUUGCCUGUAGUGAACUGAUCUCCGGUGAAAUGGUCACCACUGAACUGGUCUCCAGUGAGACAGUCUCUGGUGAACUGGUCUCCAGUGACUCACUCCCUGGUGUACCAGUCCCUGGUGAAUCAGUCUCCACUGAACGGGUCUCCAUUGAUUCAGCCUCUGAUGAGCCAGCUUCUGGUGAUCUGGCCUCUGGAUCACUGGCCUCUGAUGAUCCAGCCUCUGGCGAUCUGGCUUCUGGUGAUCCAGCUCCUGGUGAUUCAGAUUCUGUUGACCCAGCCUCUGAUGAACCAACUUCUGAUGAACCAUCUUCUGAAUCAGGCAUUGAUCCCACCUUUGAACCAAGUUCUGUGCCAGUUUGUGAACCAGUUCCUGAAACUGACAGUGCAGAGUCCUGUAGCAAUAAAAAUGAUGAUUUUCUUGAGAAAAAGGGGGAUGAUGAAAAGUUAGAUCAAAUUUUCUCAUUUGAUGAGAAAAAUAAAGCUGAUAGUAAUAUUGAUGCUGAUGAAGAGGCUCUAGAAACAGAUGAUACAAUUAUUUCUUCAGAUCUGUCUCCUGAAAAGAAGGUAGAAGAAGAUGCCAUUACAGAAUCUGCUCUUGGAGAGGAGGCUAUAUCUAGCAGUAUGGAAAUUGACCAAAGUGAAAAGAAUCAAGAAGAAAAUUCUUCAGACCUUGCAGAAACGAUUAGUGAAAAUGUUAUGAAAGAUGACAAAAAUGAGAAUAUCUUAGAAAAUACAGAUUCUAUGGAGACAGAUGAAAUUAUUCCUAUUUUGGAAAAGCUUGCACCUGCUGAAGAUGAACUUACUUGCUUUUCUAAAGCUUCUCUCCUUCCAAUUGAUGAGACAAAUACAGAUUUGGAAGAGAAGAUGGAAGGUUCUUUUGGUUCACCAUCUAAACAAGACAGUAGUGAGAGUUUACCAAAAGAAGCCUUUUUGGUCCUCUCUGAUGAAGAGGAUGUUUCGGGUGAAAAAGAUGAGUCUGAAGUUAUAUCACAAAAUGAGACAUGCUCUCCAGAGGAAGUAGAAAGUACUGAAAAGGACAGCAAAGCUGAGGAAGAAGAACGAGUAAUACAUGAGGAUGAAAGACCUUCUGAGAAAAGUGAAUUUUUUAGAAGAAAACGUUCUAAAUCAGAGGACAUGGACAAUGUCCAGUCCAAACGCCGUCGAUACAUGGAAGAAGAAUAUGAGGCAGAAUUUCAAGUAAAGAUUACAGCCAAAGGAGAUAUAAACCAGAAGCUACAAAAGGUUGUACAGUGGUUACUGGAAGAAAAAUUGUGUGCGCUGCAGUGUGCCGUGUUUGAUAAGACAUUGGCAGAAUUGAAAACACGAGUGGAAAAGAUUGAGUGCAACAAGAGGCAUAAAACAGUUCUUACUGAACUACAGGCCAAGAUAGCCAGGUUAACCAAACGCUUUGGAGCAGCCAAAGAAGAUCUUAAAAAAAGACAAGAAAAUCCACCAAACCCACCUAUAUCACCAGGAAAGUCUGUUGUUGAUGUCAGCAGCAAUAACAGUGUGCCCUACAGAAAUGCAGGCACAGUGAGACAGAUGCUGGAAUCCAAAAGAAAUAUAAGUGAGAGUGUACCACCAACUUUUCAGACUCCUGUGAAUACAGUAUCUUCAACCAAUCUUGUCACCCCUCCAACAGUUGUCAGUAGUCAACCUAAAUUGCAGACUCCAGUGACUUCGGGUUCUUUGACAGCAACAUCAGUUCUCCCUGCACCCAACACAGCUACAGUAGUUGCUUCUACUCAGGUGCCUAGUGGAAAUCCCCAGCCUACAAUCUCUUUGCAGUCUUUACCAGUGAUUUUGCAUGUACCUGUUGCUGUAUCCUCCCAGCCUCAGCUUCUACAGAGCCAUCCAGGGACUUUAGUGACCAAUCAACCAUCUGGCAACGUUGAAUUCAUUUCUGUCCAAAGCCCACCUGCAGUGAGUGGUCUUACCAAAAAUCCAGUAUCCUUGCCAUCCUUGCCAAACCCCACUAAACCAAACAACGUUCCUUCUGUGCCCAGUCCUAGUAUUCAGAGGAACUCUCCUGCCAGUGCUGCAACGUUAGGAACAACACUUGCUGUACAGGCUGUUCCAACAGCACACUCUAUUGUACAAGCCACAAGGACUUCUUUACCCACGGUGGGCCCGUCAGGACUCUAUAGUCCAUCAAAUAAUCGAGGUCCUAUACAGAUGAAAAUUCCAAUUUCUGCUUUUAGUACUUCAUCUCCUGUAGAACAGAGCAACAGCAACACCACAAGAACUGAAAACCAGACAAACAAAACAAUAGAUGCUUCUGUUAAUAAGAAAGCAGCUGAUAGCACAUCACAGAGUGGAAAAGCCACAGGCAGUGAUUCAAGUGGUGUCAUUGAUCUCACAAUGGAUGAUGAAGAGAGUGGAGCUUCACAAGACCUUAAAAAGGUAAAUCACACUCCUGCCUCAACCAUGAAUUCUUCUCAGCCAGUAUCUCGACCAUUGCAACCCAUCCAGCCAGCACCACCUCUUCAGCCAUCUGGGGUGCCAACAAGUGGUCCAUCUCAGACAACCAUACACUUACUACCUACAGCUCCAACCACCGUGAAUGUAACACAUCGUCCAGUAACUCAGGUGACCACGAGACUCCCUGUUCCAAGAGCUCCUGCAAAUCACCAAGUGGUUUAUACAACUCUCCCCGCACCACCAGCUCAGGCUCCCCUGAGAGGAACUGUUAUGCAGGCUCCUGCUGUUCGGCAGGUCAAUCCCCAAAAUAGUGUUACAGUUCGAGUGCCUCAAGCAACUACAUAUGUUGUAAACAAUGGAUUAACCCUGGGAUCCACAGGACCUCAGCUCACAGUGCAUCACCGACCACCACAAGUGCAUACUGAGCCCCCACGCCCUGUGCACCCAGCACCCUUACCAGAAGCCCCACAACCACAGCGUCUGCCCCCAGAAGCUGCCAGCACAUCUCUGCCUCAGAAGCCACACUUGAAGUUAGCACGAGUUCAGAGUCAAAAUGGCAUUGUGCUGUCAUGGAGUGUCCUUGAGGUAGAUAGAAGCUGCGCCACUGUUGACAGCUACCAUCUUUAUGCUUACCACGAAGAACCCAGUGCCACUGUGCCCUCACAGUGGAAGAAGAUUGGAGAAGUCAAGGCACUUCCCUUGCCCAUGGCAUGCACUCUCACCCAGUUUGUAUCUGGUAGCAAAUACUACUUUGCAGUACGAGCCAAGGAUAUUUAUGGACGUUUUGGACCUUUCUGUGAUCCUCAGUCAACGGAUGUGAUCUCUUCUUCCCAGAGCAGUUAAACCUUGGAGCCUUUAUCUCUUCUUCUUUCAAAAGUUCCACUUUUUGGUCUUGUUUUAAUCUUGUGCAUGAUACCCAUUGUAAAAUCCACAUUGUGCAAGAUUUCUUGGACAGAUGUAUAUAUACACUACAUUUGUUUGUAAUCAGAAGUAAAUAAACUCAGCCCAUAAAGCAGAAUCUUUUCCUGAACAAUUCAAGCUUCCAGAGUUUGAAAUGUAAAUGUGCACCUUGCUUUAGUUUUGAAGCUGGGGAAUAUGUGUGGGUGUUUGUGCUUUUCCGUAUUUAUGUGUUUUUUUUUGCAGUGGAAUCUCACAUUUUCAUACUCAAAUUUACCUCUCUUCCAGUAUGAAGUAAGUAGAACAAAGAACUUGAGGUAUGUAUCUGGCAUGAUUCUGCUUCUAAGAGAUCUGUAGGUUCACAGAUAAAUGAUUGAACCCAAAUUAAAAAUAAAAAGCAAGAUGGUUAAAUAGUUUAAAAUAGGCUAAUUUGAACACAGUAAAGGAUCUGUUCAUAUUUUCUUUUCUCUCUUCUGGGUUGUUAAUUAGCUGAAAAAGGUCUGCAGUGGGCCCUCUCUUUUCUAAUCUGGUUUUUACAUUUAUUUUGUGCCUUAAACACUUAACUAUGAAAGUAAACAGGGCCAUUUAUCCAUUGUCGUUUACUCUUCACUGUAAGCCUUUCAGUCUUCAUUUCCUUUUAUCUCCACCAAAUGUAGCACAUUUCCCUCAAUUUUAGACCAAGGCUUUUUAUAUAUAGUAUCAUCGGUAACAUCACUACAUUUAACUCCAAAAAUUUAACUUGCUCUUUUCUUCUAAGAAGAUAAAUGCUUUUUAUUUGAGGGCAUUGUUUGAAUUAACUCUGUAAAGUGGACCAAGAGAAGACCACAUUGUGUAAGUAAAUUUUCCUUCAGACAUAGUUUAGUAUCUAUGUUGCACACUGUGUUAGAGAUUAUGAAAGCAGUUCUAGUUCACUUUACUAGUUCACUUUAUAACCCAAAGCCUAGUAUUCUUUCAAAGGAAGUAAGCAGUAAAAUUCACAAAAUACAAUGAGCUAAAAUAUCAAAGGGAAAGCUCCAUUUCUUCUUUAUUCUCAUAUCAUUCUUCCUGUGUUAAUCUUUGUUUUGAUGGUGCUAAGUUUUAUCUGAUUUACCCUAUGUUGGCUUUGGAUAGAGUUUAAAGUGUACUCUCUGGGGUCAUUCUAUGUAACAAUUAGAUAAAACUCUUUUGCAUCUCUGUUCCUCUUCAAUGUUAAUCAGAUUCGGCUUAGGUCACGGAUUUUCAGUAUGAGUGCCAACUAUGCUGGUAUCAGGUACGUGUUUGAGUGUAGACAGCUUAAGACAGGAGAGCUGGUGUAAUUUGGGGGAUAGAGUGUUGUUGGUAGUACUUGGAAAAGAAUUCCUGGAGGUUGUGAAAUACAGUUUCAAGUCAUCUUCCCGUAUUAUAUUUGAGUUCAUAAAUAUACCUUUUUAAAUAAAUUAGUCAUUAAUUCUUCCUGGAAUUUAAGAGGGAGCUGUCCCUUUUGUUAAUGCUGCUUCAUUUGCAACUUUGAUGGCUUAUAAUAGGAAGCAUUCUAGUUGUAAAGAAACUCCUUUUUAGAGACUUUUGCUGAUCAGGGUGCUGAUCAUGUUGGGUGUGAAUUUUGAUUGAUGCUGAAGAAAGCCUACAGAUUGCCAAAAUGUAAAUGCUCCAAAACCUUCCUUUUGCUUUCAUAAAAUGAGGUCACAAUAAUUAUUUGCCAACCAACUAUAUAGACGUUACUCAUUCUAGAACUAAUGAUGAGGGUAAAGAAGUAGCCAAUGUCAUGCCAAUGAAAAAUUUUAAAGAGAGAAAUUCAUGAUCUUCUAGAUGUAUGUGAACACCUGUCUUAUAUCUGUAUGUAUAUAUGUUUUUACCUGCAAUGGUUGCAGUGUUGAUUAUGUGUUCAAGAUCAUUCCUGUCUACAGAAUAGAAAGCCCAUGUUCAAAAUUGUUCUUUAUUGGACGGUUAUAUGGUCAUACGGUAACAAUUUGCUUACCUAGCCUAGAAAGAUUCCCUUGGUGGAUGUUUUUUUAUUUAUAUUCACUAAUCCUUUAAAAAAAAAAAAAAGCUUUCAUAACAUUUAUAAUCAGGUGAAAGUACAGUAGAGUGAAAAUAUUAUUUUAGCCUAUACUAUAUUAUCUCUGUCAAAGAAAAAAAGAUCUUAAAUAGUAACUCUAAAAGUAGAUUUACUACAGUAAAAUAAAGCUUUUUAUUCCAGAUAAUGGAGGGAAGGUACAGAUUGUAAUUGUUUGAGGGAAAAGAUACUAUAAAAUGAUCUUUCCUUCAAUUAGCCUGCCACAGGAUUUAUAGGCAACAGUUACAUUGGAGUUCCUGAAGGUACUGGGCCAGAACUCUAGGCUCUUAUUUAGGGCAGGUUUUAAUGUCGAUGAGUGCUUUCUUUCUGUUUGAUUUGUUUCUUUGAGAGAAUGGAGGGCUCAACUAGAAAUAGCUACUGAUUACAGAUUUUUUUUUAAUAGCAAUUCACACUCCAUGGUACCUUUUUUAUUUCACAAUAUCUUUUCACAAAGUAUUAAAAAUAUGCUUGAUAAUCCCAUUUUGGGAAUGCAAGUGUGCUACCAUUUUAGCCUGACAAUAUUUGUGUAAGUAUUGCCUUAUUGGAAAUUCUGGAAACUUAAGAUAUUUCAACCUGAAACGUAGGAUGUUUAUAUGACAUUUAAAGGUAAUUGUGAUGUUUGUUACUCUCCACUUUGCACUUUGUCAGAGUAAUUUUCACCCUGUUUUAAGUGUAAGUCUCACAUUUUAAAAUUAUGUUCUUGCCAGUAGAUUUAUAAAUUUAUACAAAGAUAUCUGUUAACAGUUAACUCUAUGAGGUAACUAUAUCGCUCUAUUUCUCUGGACUCACUUUUUAAAAUAUGCAGAAUACUGUGUGCUAUUUAACACAGUAGAAGUUUAUGAAAGAAGCAAAGAGUAGAGCUUUCUUCCUUGAAAAGUGAACAUUUUUGGGGAUACCUCUUGCCUCACAGAGAUUCCAUUUCCCCACUCUUCUGAUACCAUUUCCCCACUCUCCUGACCCGCAUUGCCAGAUAUUAAAUGAAAGGUUUAGGGAAAAAAAAAAAAAAAGACCUAAAGAAAGGAGCUUAGAUUUCAUCUGUCUGAAAAAACCCUUAAGCAGGCUGCACCAUACAGUUCUCUUACUGUAUUGGAUAAGUAUUAAGGUAGCUUUUUGGGUUUAUUCUUUUGCUUACAUUUUCCAAAUUAUUGUUUAUACAACAAGAUGAGGGUUAAUUCUGCGUGAUCUGCAUUUAUCUUGUUCCUCAAAAUUUCUAGUAGAAUACAAGAUUAACAAAAUAAUGCCUGUGAUAUCCUCCUCUCUCUCUUUUAUACACUAUGACCUUAGUUUUUCAUAAUUUUAUCAUUGACCAGUCAUAGGCUUGUUUUAUUCUAAUUUUCAGAAAAACCGUGUUCCAGGAUUAGAUUAUUGCAAAUAACUAUCUAAAAGCAACAUAUGAUUCUGCUGGCCUUACUAUUUACUGGGCAAAUGAUGCCCCCCUCCCCUUUCUUAAAAUUUUGGGACAAGGAAAAAAAAGCAUUAGAAAAAUUCUUAUAAAGUGUUUUUUGUUAGUGCGGCACAUUUAUGUAAUUGCUAAGCUUCUUCCCCUUGAGCCAGCCAGUUGGGAGGAAUAGGAUGAUAUAUAUGUUUUGUCUUCUGAUCUUCAAAUAGUUUUAUCAUGCUAAAUAAGUUUUUUGAUUUUUUAAAUUUGUAGAGGCAGUUAAAUACCCAUCAUUUAUAUUUAAUUGCUGUCUUUUAAAAACAAUUUUGUUUGUAAAUAAGGUAACUGGGCAAUCAAACACCUUUUGGGGAUUCUGGCUUUAGUAUUUUAUCAGCCAUUUCAAAAUCAAAUAUAAAAAUAAAUCCUUUGUAGGAAACUUGCAUCCUGACUUCUUUAUUGCAAUUGAAAGUGUAAAUAAUAAGAUAAUGUAAGACCUUCCUAAUGUCUAAUAUAAACUGGGCUAUAGCAAGUUGCCCUGUUUUUAUUAGGUUUUGAAGGUUUUUGUGUGUGUGUGUGUUUUUUUUUUAAUGUACAGUAGAGUGGUGUCUGUAUAAGUGUUUAACUGUAGUGGGAUUUUGUCCAGCAAGCCUGAAAUUUAUACUUUGAAAUAAAUUACUGGGUUUUUAACAUUC